AUGAAUCUCCGGUACCGUGGUACCCUCACCUAUCGCCGCCUCCAAGAGGGAAUUGCUACUAGCAAAUACGUUCACCCCUCUACUCUCGGGCGGCUCAUCAACGGCUUUGGCCGUGUCGGUGAUCUCGAGAAGGUCCACAGCCUGUAUGAUAUUGCGCAGAUUGUAUUGUACUCGAUCGAUAACAAGCAGUGGCAGUCUCAGGCGUGGUUCCAAAUUGAAGACCAGAUGAUCAUUGCAUCCGCGCAUGCCGGAGACAUGGAAGCUGUGUUCCAGCACCAAGAUCGCAUCACAUCCAAUGGCGGAAUUCCUUCUCCUGACGCAUAUGGCUCACUCAUAGAGUGUGUCAAGGACACUACCGACGACACUUCGAACACCAUGUCUCUUUUCAGCGAGGCACAGAUGCUUGGCUGCACACCCAACAUUUACCUCUACAACACGAUUAUCUCCAAGUUGGCUAAAGCAUGCAAGGCUGAUUUCACACUCAAGCUGUUCCAGCAGAUGAAGGCUACGCCCAUCUUCGAUCACUUGUUCUUGGAGAUGUCUUCCCAGCCCAACUUCAAGCCUCGCAUCCCGCCAUACAACAUGAUGAUGCAACUGUAUAUGCACACCAAGCCUGAUUGUGAGAGGGUGCUCUACUAUUACGAUCAACUUCUUCUUGCUGGUGUCAAGCCUUCUGCUCACACAUACAAGUUACUCAUCGAUGCAUAUGGAACUAUUGAGCCUGUUGCUAGUCGGAAUCCCUGCUCUGGUCCUGGUCUCGAUGGCGUGCCCUUCACUUUGAAUACUGCUCUCAAGCGCCUAUUCCUCUCCUCUACCAACAUGACCUCACAGGGCACUAUUGCGCUCGCAGAGUUCCUCCCUGAAUCAAACUCCUUGCUCCACCUUGAUCUCACAGUCAACAACUUAGACAUCACUGCCGUUAUGGCGCUUAGCUCGGGACUCAAGGCUAAUCACAUGAUGCGGUGUCUCGACCUUAUGAUACCCCCAGAUGAUGAGGAGUUCGCCAAAAUGUGUCGUGAGAUUCUCAAUACCUGUAUCCGGAACACGGAGGAAGCAGAAAAGGCGGCACACAUUUCUGAUGGAAUUUGCAGUCCAACAAGCAACAGAGGACUUGGUAAGGGUGUGUGGAACAUGAUCCAGGAAAGUGAACUAGCCAAAUCGAUACGUCAAGGUGGCAGGCUCAAGAGCGCUGAAGCUGUGUCAAGAGCACAUGCACUACUCUCUCAAAUCGAGAGCUCGAUGAAUAGCCCGACGUCUAUUUCAGUUAUAUCUCCUGGCACCUCCCCAACCAUCGUGCGACCUGUGGAUCAAGAUCUUGUUCAGCAAGCCAAGACCAUUGUUGAUGAAAUCGCAGACAAGAUACAGACUAUGACAGACAUCAUAACUUGA